UGCCUGCCCUCGUCGGCGCUGCCCCCUCUCCCCUCCCCCGGUGCUUCCUCCGCGGUCCUUUGCCUCCCGGGUCCUCUUGCUGAGAGCGAGCGGGCGCGCGCGGGUGGGGGAAAUGGCUGAGACCAUCGCGGACACCAGGCGCCUGAUCACGAAGCCGCAGAACCUCAACGACGCCUACGGGCCGCCGAGCAAUUUCCUCGAGAUCGACGUCUCCAACCCUCAGACGGUGGGGGUAGGCAGAGGCCGCUUCACCACCUACGACGUGAGGGUCAAGACAAACCUUCCUAUUUUCAAAUUGAAGGAGUCUUGUGUUAGGCGAAGAUACAGUGACUUUGAAUGGCUUCGAAGUGAACUAGAAAGAGAGAGUAAGGUUGUAGUGCCUCCCUUGCCUGGAAAAGCUUUUUUCCGCCAAUUGCCUUUUAGAGGAGACGAUGGGAUAUUUGAUGACUCUUUUAUAGAGGAAAGGAAGCAAGGGCUUGAACAAUUCAUAAACAAAGUUGCAGGCCACCCCUUGGCGCAGAAUGAACGCUGUCUUCAUAUGUUCUUGCAGGAUGAAGUAAUAGACAAAACCUACACGCCCUCCAAAAUAAGACAUGCUUGAAUGCUGCACAACACUUUAACUGGCAUAAAUGUUAGUGGUGACAUACUUCGUCUAAGAUAUGUAGUUUAAGGUUUUUAGCAUGCUGCAAACAAACUGGCACCAGAAGCCUUCGAUAUACUAACAGCACUGCGUGUUCUUUGCAUUGAUCUUUAUGGCAUUAAAGAACUCUAGGUAAACCUGCUGUCAGACUGUUGAUUAAAUGGCUUUUAAAAAUCUCA